GGCUCCCAUCGGGCAGGGCCGCAGAGGAGAGUUUGAAACGGUCACUGCUGAUCUUCCCCACCGUCAAAAUCAACACUGUUAUCACAGUGGUCCUCAUCGGCAUGUGUAAUAUAUGACUGACCAAGUGGGCUACUUAAGCAGGGUGCUCAGGAGGCCAUGUGCAGUAUAUUGUGCUAAGUUUAGGACACAACAUCAGGAAGCCAUGUGCAGUCUGAUGCAAUUCAGUAAAGCAGGACAAAUAUCUGAGAUUUAUAAUCACGUUUGAUGAUACUUUUAGAGAAAUACCGAUUUAACUCUAGCCUGUGUUAAUUUACAAUGCAUUGGUAAUAGUAAGAUACUGGCUCUCAAAGAUGGAUCACUACCUGGGUAAAGCAGAAAACAGGGGCAUUUGGUGUGAUGGUUGGCUACCCUUUUGACACUGUUAAGGUGAACAUUCAAACCCAAAACAUGUACAGAGGAAUUUGGCAUUGUGUCCAGUCGACAUACAAAAACCAGGGGGUGUAUGGUUUCUACAAGGGCAUGACGAUGCCAGUCAUAGCUGUGUCCCUCAGCUUCUCUUUGGCGUUUGGCACCUACAGGAAUGUCCUGCAGUAUCUCUGUAAAUUACGGCAUGGGACACCCGAGGCCCGGCCUGCCACAUGUGAUCUCUUUCUCUCAGGUCUGACUGGAGGAGUUGCACAGGUUUUACUGGUGUCCCCAGCUGACAUGGUGAAGGUGCGUCUGCAGUGUCAGAGGGUUGCGUUUUCGAAAUUGACAGCAGAAGCCCUGAAACCAAAAUACCAUGGCCCCAUCCACUGUCUGCUGACCAUCGCCCGUGAAGAAGGAGCUCUGGGCCUCUACAAGGGAGCCCAGGCUCUGGCACUAAGAGACGGACCCUUCUUUGCCACCUUCCUCACUAGUUAUCAUAUCAUCUGUGAACAGCUGACACCUCCAGGACUGACUGAACCAGAGUGGAAAGUGGUGCUUCUGGCAGGAGGUCUGUCAGGGAUGUGUGGCUGGUGUGUUAGCACGCCAAUGGAUCUGAUCAAAGCUCGUCUCCAGAUGGACUGGAUUGGGCAGCGGAGGUACCGAGGCUUUUUGCACUGUAUCACAGACAGCGUCCGCUCUGAGGGUCCUGGUGUCUUCUUCAGGGGUCUGAGUCUCAACUGCAUGCGAGCCGUCCCUGUCAACAUGGCAGUCCUCUCCUCGUAUGAGAUAGUGAUGCGCCUGCUCAAACAAACAAAUUGACUCGAACUCGCUUUUCUCACCUGAAUGUUCAUAAUGAAAGGGGAACACACCAGAAUUUUACUUUCCACAUUUGGACCUGGGAAUUCUGACGAGGAAACUUCAAAUAAUGCCGCAAUGAAGGAUUUUCCUGGAAGGUUGUGCUGAAUAAUAUAUUUACAUUAUUUUUGUAUGACACAAAUUUAUUAAGUAAGUAAAUGUUUUUUUAUAAAGAAUAUUGGAGGUGUGGAGUUGUACGAAACUGACAAUGACAAUCUGUUAGUGAAGUGGUUCUCAGGCACCUUUAGUACUGGUUCAAAGUGAAGUAAGACUUCAGCAAGACAAUAAUAUCACAGAAUGCCUAUGUUGAUAUGUUUGAUGGGUGUGAUAUUGUGGGAAAAAUGGGUACUCUUUCUAUUUAACCCUAGAAAUAUUAAAACAAUAUUAUGUGCAUGCAUGCACUAGGAAACACUUAACACUGAAACCAGGUGACAAUGCCGCCAUCUGUAGGAC